CUUCUCUUCCUUUCUCUUCUCUAUCUCAAUCUCCUACCAACUUGGCCUCUUGUAAACAUGGCUUCUCUCUCUGAUUUUGUCGACUUUUCCCAGAACACCCUGACAUGGGCCGCUCUGUCCAUUGCCUUUAACCCGAUCUUCUGGAACAUCGUCGCCCGUGCCGAAUACCGCAGCCAGGUCUUGACUCGUAUAUUCGGUGGCCCUUACUACGGAUGCUACUUCCUAGCCGUGGUCAUCUUCUCCCUUGGAAUCCUACGCGACCACAUCUACCACCUCGCCCUCGAAAACCAACCCUACUAUGCCCCAGUGCACCAACCGCUUCUCGGCGGCGCUCUCUUCGCCAUUGGUUCCGUCCUGGUCCUCUCCAGCAUGUAUGCCCUCGGCGUCACCGGCACCUACCUAGGCGAUUACUUUGGCAUCCUGAUGGAUGGCCCCGUCACCGGGUUCCCCUUUAGCGUCACCGGUUCCCCGAUGUACUGGGGGAGCACGUUGAACUUCCUAGGCGUGGCCCUGUACAGGGGCAAGGUGGCUGGUGUUCUUCUCGCCGCGGAGGUGUUUGUUUUGUAUUGGGUUGCUCUUCGGUGGGAGGAUCCCUUCACUGCGGAAAUCUACGCCAAGCGUGAACGUGAACGCGCAAAGUCGAAGCAAGGCGGCAAGAGCCAGUAACUUCCUCCAUCCAUGCGAAAUGAAGGGGGGUUAGCAGUGUUAGGUACUCCGUACUUCAUUUCGCAUGCUCGUGACGAAACUGAAACUGAGAUCGUGGACGUUCAACAUCCCUAUGAUCGAAUCUAGAGAGACCAGGAGGUCGAAUGAUGGAAUCAGGGUGGAAUGAAUGAAACGAAAUAUGCUCUUCAACAUGGAACAAGAGGAAGAUGAGCAAGAACAAAAGAAUCACCUUAAAAAAAGAAAAAAAAAACCCCCAAGCAAAUCCGCGAGAACAACUCUCAGCUACUUUUUCCUGAUUGCUGUAUGAUCAAUUUUAAGUAUACUUGGAAUUAAGCAGGAGAAAACAACCAUAUAUAUAUAUAUACAUUGUGCUCUCGCAUCGUGUAGCCCAUGUAUAUAGAGAUAUGGAUAGAAGAAUGAAUAAAUAUCAUUUGUAUCAUUUGAUCAAAAUCC